CCUUUGAGUUUGAAGAGAACAAAAAAUUCUUGCCUUAGCCCACCAACAUACCUUCUCUCUCUCCCCCCUCCUCCUCUCCUUUCUUUUGUCUUCAUAUACACAGACCUCAUAUAUCCAAAUUCACAAACAAUCAAAUCAUGCAGUAUUAUUAAUAUCAGUACAAGGCUUCUCUCCUUCUUCCCAUGGCAAAAAAGAUUGAAAAUUUACGCAUGGGUCUUUCUUGUUCUUUCCUUUUAAGGUUAUUCUUAGUGGUGGGCUAUGUCUGUCUUCUAUUGCUUGGAAGAUUAGGAUCUGGAUAUGGAAGAACACUCCAACAUGGAGACCAUCAGCAGAUUGGUAGACACCAACCCAUGAACCAACAAGAGUUGGAUUUCAACUACAUGAGCAAAAGAAGAGUCCCAAAUGGAUCAGAUCCUAUUCAUAACAGGAGAGCAGGAAAUUCUGGUCGACCGCCUGGCGAAGCCUAGUGUGUUCUGGGAACAUGACAAAGCUUCAGCAACCUUAGCUUAUUGCAGAAGAAAAUGACAAGCUUUUCCUCAGGAAAAUGAUAUUUUCACCAAAGUUGAGAGGAAUGAACUGAAGAAGAUUAGUGAGAAGAAGAAGGCUUGUCCCAAAGAAAAUAAGCUCAUCAGAAGAAUUGAAAGAGAGAUCAUUAAUUUUCUGGAGAAACUUCAAUUUACAGACUGGUAUGUAUGUAUGUAUUUAUGUAUAUAUGUGUAUUUUUUGAAGGGAUAAUCUUCUUGUUCUUAAAGCUUUUCUAGAUAAAGGCUAGCUCGCCUAGAUGACUGACACAUGUCAUAUUUUCAUUCGUGAGUAAUAGUUUAUUAUCCAUGAAAUAAAA